AAUAUCAUCCAAUUCAAAUGCCCGCAAACGUAAUAAAUAUGAAAAACAAAAAAAAGGAUACAGAGAAGAGAGAGGCAAACACGCAAAACGCACGCCCACAGAUCUGUUUCCAACAAAAAUUUCGGCAGCUCUCUUCUCUCCGAUCCGAUCGGAUACCAUUGUCUGGGAUCUAGGGUUUUUCUAUUCUUUAAAAUUCCUAUAAUUCUUUCCUAAAUUUCAAGUCAUUCUUCUUUUCUUUUUACAGUUGAACGGCACCUUUUUAAUUCAUUGUUUGCGGAAUUCUUUCUCAGUUUUUGUGUCCAAACCUAUUGAUCUGAAUCAUAUUGCGGUUCCUAGGGUUUGUUUCUAGGGUUCUGUUGGUGGUGCUUGGGAAUUGGCGGAGUUCUUUUUGUUGGUUGGUUAGGGUUUGGUGGUGCAAUUUUGAGGAAGAUUUGGGUGUGGGGAUGGGAAUUCAGUGUUGAUUUUUCGAGAUUUGGGUCCGUGGAGUUCGUUUUGCGUUGCUUAAAUGGCUUCAGCUCAGGUGUUGCGGAAACAGGAGCAUUUGGAAGCUGGAAAGCGACGGCUUGAGGAGUUCCGUAAGAAAAAAGCAGCAGACCGAGCCAAAAAGGUUGCAUCCAUUAGCCAACUUCAGAGUGCUGAUGUUAGCCUAUAUGUACAACCUUUAGAAAAUGAACAAGUACGAGUUAUGGAUUCAGAUGGAGCAGGGAUUUCUGAUGGAGUUGGUGAAGCUGUCACCAAAGUUAUUAACAAUGAUAACAAGAAAAUUGAGAUUUUCCAGAACAGUGAGCCAUGUUCAUCAGACAUUUAUGCUAAACCUCCUUUUUCUACAAAAGAUUACAAAGCAUUUUCUGCAGAUUCAGUGCAGACACAAGUCAAUGACCAAGGAUUUAAUAGGUAUGAUGCUUCUGGGUUUCUUGGAUUAGUAGGCCAACUGGCAAAAGAGAAAAAUGAUGAUGGUGGUAUUCAUGCUGGAGCUGAAGGAAGCGCAUAUGAGAUUGUAUCUGACCAGUCUAUUGCUUUUCCACAAGCAAUUCGGGACACUGAUAGCAGUUCUAGUCAAUCUAAUUUUCAUAGGAUGGAGGAAACCCAACAAAAAGACCACAAAAGUUAUUUAAAAAGUUUUACAGUCAUAGAUCCUGGCAUUUCUCAGGUUCCACUUGCAAAUGCCUCAUCUGAGAAUUCUGGGAAUGCCAUACUACCGAAUAACUAUGGCUACGCUAACAUGAAGUCUAGUGCAGAUUCUGUUCACCCUAUCACAACUGCAAAACAGUCUGCUUUUGGAGUUGGGCAAGAUGUGCCCGGCAGUGUUGAUUUUAAUGUUCAUAUGCUUUCUAAUAAGGAGGAUAAAAAGCAUAGUAGCUCUUUUGGUUAUUUACCUAGUACACAUGGGGCAUCUCCACUGGCAUCUGAAUCUUCCUCUACGAGUUUUGCUUUUGAUGUUCGAGGUUCCUCCAAUCAUUUACCUCUAUAUUCAGUGACACCUGAAACAAACGCUAGGAGGUCCCGCCCAUCUUUUCUUGAUUCUAUUAACAUGCCUAGAGUUCCUUCUGCAUCGCAUCUUCCACUUACUGAACCAGGAAAGGCUGAGCCUUUUUUUUCUAGUAGUUCAAAAGUUAACAGCAUGGAUGUUCUGGGAUCAUCUGCAUCUACAAAGUCGCUUGCUGAGUCUGAAAAUUUUGAACCUUUCUCAAAAGCCGGAAAUUCUAAUGGUCCUAGUCCAUUUGACCAUUCCAUAAACUCUUCAGUUUCUGUCGGUAAUAGGGUUGAGAUGUUGAGGCAUGGCCUUGAUCAAAACAGCCUGGAGAGGAAAUUCGAAUUUCAUUCCCAAAAACAGAAUGAAGAUUUUGCUGCUUUGGAACAGCAUAUUGAAGAUUUGACUCAAGAGAAGUUCUCUUUGCAACGAGCCCUUGAGGCUUCACGAGCUUUAGCAGAGUCAUUAGCUGCUGAAAAUUCUUCUCUUACAGAUAGUUACAACCAACAGGGAAGUGUUGUCAAUCAACUAAAAUCUGACAUGGAGAAAUUACAAGAGGAGAUCAAAGCCCAAUUGGUGGACCUUGAGUCCUUCAAAAUUGAAUAUGCAAAUGCACAACUAGAAUGUAAUGCAGCUGAUGAACGUGCUAAGUUAUUAGCUUCUGAAGUCAUUGGCUUAGAAGAGAAGGCACUAAGACUGAGGUCUAGUGAACUAAAGCUGGAGAGGCAACUGGAGAACUCAAAUGCGGAAAUUUCUUCAUUCAAAAAGAAAGUUUCUAGCUUAGAGAAAGAACGUCAGGAUUUGCAGUUAACUAUUGAUGCUCUUCAAGAAGAGAAAAAAUUGUUGCAAAAAAAGGUGCGAAAAGCUUCUGCUAAUGGAAAAUCUAUUGAUGUUAGCAAGAGUCCUACUGAUAGAAAGGAUGUAUCAACUUCUACGGACGAUCUAGUUAACGAGGACAAUGCCUGUAUGAUUCCAGAAACAUCUAGCCUGGAAAUGCUUAAUUCUGCAUCUGUUCAAGCCAAUGAACUCUCCAGUUUCCCUUUGCUUCCUGACGGUGGACAGAUGAAUUUUGAAGUUUCAUCAGUGAAUAUUCCUGCUGAUCAGAUGAGAAUGAUUCAGAACAUCAAUGCAUUAAUUUCUGAGUUAGCAUUGGAGAAAGAAGAGUUGAUGCAAGCUUUGGUAACUGAAUCAUCUCAAAGUUCCAAGCUGAAGGAUUUGAACAAGGAGUUGUCCAGAAAACUUGAGGUUCAAACUCAAAGAUUAGAGCUCUUGACUUCUCAAAGUAUGGCCAAUGAAGUUAUCCAAGCAAGACAACCAGAUUCUCGCAUUAUGCAUGACAAUGCUGCAUAUGCAGAUGAAGGAGAUGAGGUGGUGGAAAGGGUCUUGGGGUGGAUAAUGAGGCUCUUUCCAGGAGGACCAGCAAAGCGACGAACCAGCAAGCUGCUUUGAUAUUUUCAAUGAGGCAUCAAGAGCGCUUAUUUCUGAGAUCUAUUUUGUUCCUCCCCACCAAAACCUCCCUUUUACCGGUGGUCAAUCUGUAUAUUGUGAGUGACCUAUAAUUAAUUAUACAGCCAUUCUUUUUAGUAGAAGAAAAUGGAGCUUGUUUUGAGAGGCAAUUCCCUUAUUCCCUUACCAUCUACCAUUGACUGGAAGUUGGAAUAGUCAUUUCUUAGACAGAUGGCAAUAAAGAAAUCCCUUAUUGCUGUAAUGUAACACCAGUUUGUAUUUGGGUCAUGAAAUUUUGGUGGGACAUGUAAGAGAGAGAGAGAGAGAGAGAGAGAGAGAGAGAGAGAGAUUGUGGGAGGAAUUGAGAGACUAACAUGAAUUAGUUUGUCUGUUCUGUCAAUAUUUGAAAUUUGGGGCUUAAGCCAAUAUAUGAUUACAAAUGAUUUUGGUAUUUCAA